AUGCGCCGACGUGCGUUCAUAUUUUUACUGAUAUCAUUAUUGGUCCGCACAUCACGUUCUUCAUUUUGUGGUAACAAUGGAGUCCCUUACAGCUUGGAAAUUCUGGCCGAUGGAUCUCCGGUAUUGGGUUGCGCGCAACCAACGUGUAUGGCUGAACCUCUUGAUGAUUACGAAGAUAGCACGUUCAUUGCAAACGCCGCCGGACAAGAAGAUGGGUUUUUCCGUGAGGGUGAUCGCGAGCGGAAAACCUUCACAUCAAGUUUGAAACCAAAAGCGGAGUGUCCGGGAACAUUCUCUGAUUUGGCUUGUAACAAGAAGAAUCAAUGGGUCGGUGGAAUCGAUUUUAUCGAUCACCCAAGACAACCUCUUGUUCUUCAAUGCUGCACAUUCGAAGGUCUCCGAUUUUCCCAGGACGUUGGUGUCACCACAAUUUCAGCUGGAGAAGCAGUUACCGGUGGCGAAGUGGUUCGCGAUGGUCGUCAAAUUUCCUUUGAUGUCAUUGCAAAUGUGCGUCGUCUCAUUGAUCCGGAUGAUCCGAAACGCACAUAUUAUGAAGUGACUGUCAGAAGGAUGAACUGUCUUCCAGACCCACCAGAAUUCGAAGUAGCUUACGAUGAUGACGUAGAAUCGGAAAUUGAUAGAGUUUUAGGAAAUGCCACGAAUUCGGCAAUGGAAACAAAUGGACAUAAAGGACACCCACACAUGGAUCAGGAAAAGAAAAAGAAAUCUAAAAAACCAUAUAAAAGAAAGCCUAAAACAUCAUCAACAAAAAACGUUAUUUCACCAUUGAUUGGACACGAAGAAAUCGAGAAGAAAGGACGUACCGAACCAUUCAUUGGUAGUUUUGGAGCACCAAUUUUCAAUCCAACGGCUGAAAAAGAGCGUAACCACGACAAUUUUGCCGAAGAAUAUGCACCAAUUCCUCCGCUUAAACAUACAAAAGCCCCAUUCACCCGUCACAUUCUGACGCCAAAGCCAAGAAUCGUCACAACAACGACACCAAAACCAACAACAGCAGCUCCGCCAGCCCCAGUCGUUAACGUGCAGGUUGAACAACCAUUGCCAUCGACUCCAGCUCCAGUUUUGUUUCAAUUCCAACCACUUCCCCCUUUCCCUCAAUUCCCAAUUGGCCAAAACCUGAUGCUCCCACCGUACACUGCUCCGGCUCCUCCAGCUCCGCCACCACCACCCACACCUCAACAUUUAUUCGGUGUAAGCCAGGCUGCUCAUUUGGCUCCACUUCCACCGCCUCCAUCGCCAUUUGGACUGUUUGUUUCUCAUCCACAACCAUUUGGAAUUCCACAAUAUGGAUUGAAUCCGGUGCCACCCGCAGCACCAGCAGCACCAGCACCACCCACAUAUGGAAUCCAAAAUAUUGCUCAACAGAAUGACCAGUUUAAAAAUUUGGAUUCGUAUACAAAAUCAUUGCUGACUGACCCAACAAGUCCAUUUGCACUGCAAGCCUUUGGACAACCGCUAGCGCAACAAUUCAAUUUUGGAGCCCAACCACAAGCAGAACAAAAUAAUUUUAAAAACCCGCAGCUUCAACGUGUCGUUAUACAAGCGCCAACAAGAGAACAACCAGCAGCUCCAGCGCACUAUUCCAGUCAAAAUGUGCAAGUCGAAAAUCAGGCAGUGCCUAAGCAAAAUUUGCUUGGAGAACUAUAUCGACCUCCUCCAUUUGCUGCUCUGGGCACGACUUUGUAUAAUUUCCAAGCCCACAAUGGCUAA